GUCUCAGACAAUGAAGAAAAUGUGGAUAGUACUCCUGCUUGUGCAAUGCUAUCUAGCAGCAUCACAUAAGUACCCUGACCCUGAUGCCAAGAUCUUAAGCAUCAAAGCAACCCUUCCAUUUGCCUCAGCCAUGACUAAUCCGCACAACAUAACUCCAUUUGACCACUGUGAAACAAAUGUUACACCACCAACUGUGUUCAAAAUACCAGAAUACGAAAUAAACCUAGAUUUACCUGCAGAGGACAGGUGGACUAAAUUAGUAUCCGACAAAAGAGAGAAGAUUAUUGCACUCAUAGAAAGUAUAAAACAAAACUGUGAUCAACUCUUUGGCAAAAGUCUCUUCUGGAUGGUCAAUGAAUUCCUGCCCCUUCUCACUCAAACAUUACCAGCUGAAUACAGACAAGAACUACUUGGAAUCUCAAGCGCAACGGGUUUGAGUGUUGGAGAAAUAACUUUGUUUAAUGUAUUUUACGAAUUCUUUAGUGUUUGCACAUCAAUUGUUGCUAAAUCUGAGGAGGGAGUCUUGUAUCAUGGGAGAAACCUAGACUUCGGUCUUUUCCUUGGUUGGGACCCAGCAAACCAUACUUGGCUAACAACAAACCUAUUAAAACCUCUUGUUGUUAAAUUAAACUUCACUCAAGGAAACAAAACUCUCUACCAGUCAAUUAGUUAUGCAGGACAUACUGGUAUUCUAACAGCCCUGAAACCUGGAAAAUUUGCACUCAGUAUUGAUGAGCGAUUUAAACUUGAUGGUGGCUAUGUGGGUAUAGUAGAGUGGAUAUUAGGAAUGCGAAAUCAGCAGUGGAUAAGUUUUCUCACUAGGGAAGUUAUGGAGAAGUGCACUAGUUAUUCAUGCGCUCAAAAAGAGUUGGCAAAGCCCCCUCUUGUCGCUCCUGUUUAUUUUAUUCUUUCAGGAGUAUCACCUUCAGAGGGUAGCAUCAUCACAAGAGGACGUAAUGAUUUUAAUAUUUGGCCUCUUGGCCAGAAGCAUAAGAAUCAGACUGGAGAUUGGUUCCUUGUUCAAACAAAUUUUGAUCAGUGGAAGAAACCACCAUUUUAUGACGAUCGUCGUACACCAGCUAUAUUUUGCAUGGAUAAAGAGGGCAAUAAAGAUGUCCCUCAAGCACUUCAGAAUGUUUUGUCCACACGCCCAGUUCUUAAUAAGCUUACCACAUAUACAGCUAUCAUGAGUGCAGAAAAGAACAUGUUUGAAGUCUGGAUUCAGUCUUGCCCUGAUCCUUGCUGGCCAUGGUAAUGCAUGUCUGAAAAAAGUGCAACUGAAAGGCAAGUUACUCAAAAUUAUUUAUUCUUUUACAUAGUGCUGCUACACCAGGCAAUUUUGAGAAAAAAAAAAGUCAUGCUAUAAAAAACUCAACUGUUAAAGUUAUAAACUAUAGUAAGGGUCAUGAUGGGUAAAGACUGUUCUGCAGGAAAUUGGGAACAUAACCAGAUGAUAUACUGAAGAGAGAGUGAAUUCAUGGUCGGUCUAUGCCUUGGGCUUUUAUUUCAUGACAUGAUGUUUGAGCUUCUACCAAACAAACAAAUCAUUAUAUCCUGCUCCAGUGUUGGCAAAAUAUGAGUAUCCUACUAUCACAACUAAAUAAAUAAUGCUGUCUUUUUGCUUUGAAAACAACAGGAAAUAGUCCUUACCACAUUGAGUGCGACGAUAAAUUGCUCCUCACAAUUUAGCAUGGGACCGUAACAAUUGAAUUUAAGAACUACUAAUGUUAUACCAUAGCACAUUAUUCACUACAAAAUAAUUAUCACAGAGAAUUAAAGUUAGGGAUAAAACUAAGGAUACACUGAUGAAAGGAAGAUUUGAGAACUUCCAUUGGACUUAGCACACUGUCACAUGUAAUUCAAAUAUAGUAUUCACUUCUAUUCGAAAGUUUUUCUGAGUUAAGACAGACAUAUUUGAUUUUGAGUGAGUUUUUUGUUUGUUUUUCUUUAAUUGGAUUGACCAAAAAAAUUUAGAAAGGAUAGGGGAUCAAAUUUGGAAUGUUAUGGUAUUACUAGAAGAACCUUAGUUUAAAAAUGCAAAUUAAAGUAAGCUAAAAAUAUGCUAUUUAAAAUGUUAAGAUAUCAUAAUGAACUUUAACUCACAAAUAUUAGACU